AUCUUGAAAUUCUUACAUUUAACCGUCAACAACGCGUUGUUCAACAAGUGUUCGUUCAUUCGCAAAACUGGUCAGUGCAUCAAUAAAAUACAAGGAUAAAAUAAUAAAAAAAAAGGAAAAACCCAAGUCAAGGGUUCUGGGAAAUAUUAAAACGCACUCAUUUGAAACAAAACAAAUUCGUUUGUGCGGUGAAUAAUAAACUAAUGUGAAAAAAACUAAUUAGAUUUCAUACUCCACUGUGAAAUUCGCUAAAAACUCAAAGGAUUGGCGUUUUUAAAUUCAAAGAAAAAAAAAUGAACAAAAUGCAAACGGAUACGCUGGCUUAUUACCUUGCUGCACUCAUCAUAUCCGCCCUGAUGGCAUGUCAGACAUGUGCGUUUGUGACAAAACCAUCAUCUGGCCUAGCUGCAGGCUCCUCGGCUACAGCAACAGGGUCUCAUUCCGCAACCGGCAAUGCUAUAAAGGAUGCAGCAGAAAUGUAUGCAUUAACCAGAGCUCAAUUCAUGGAUUCUGUGCCCAGUGGUAAAGUAUCAUUUAAACCACAUGACUUGGAGGGGCUGCAGGAAAGAGCUGUUUAUGACCCGGGCGAUGUAUUGUUGCGUGCUUUAAAUGCCGAUAUAGCAGCCAAUGGUCAAGAGCUAGGCACACUACCCAUGGAGCCAGAUUAUGCUGACACAGUAUAUAACGAGCUGGAAUUGGCAAGUCGUUUCGAUGUUAUGCGUAAAUUGGAGCAGGACAUACAAGAAGAACAGGAUAUGGUUAGUAAAUCAGCACUUUUGAUGAAAAUGCUUGAGGACCCAACUGUUGAUUCUUUGCCCAUAGUUUAUGUCGAAGAAGACCCUCAAAUAGCUGGCAGCAAUGACAAUAAUCUUGAAUUUGAAUCAAACACAAAUGGAAUGUCCAAACGUUCUCGUUACUACAGGCGUUAUCCAUGGAAGCGGCAUAAUAGAAAUCGCAGCACCUAUGAACCAGAAUUGCGCUAUGCCUGCACACCCACAAAAGAGGAUGUCUUCAAGCUGUUGCUUAAUCUGCAUGAGGAUCGCAAUGGAAAGAAUGGCAAAACCAUUAACUUUUGCAAUCGCAAGCGCCCGGCCAAAGCCAUUUUCACAAAUAUCCGAUUCUUGGGUUAAAUCACAACCAUAAUGGAGCCGCGAACUGAAAAUAGUAUAUUGAAAUCGAAAAGAUUGACAUCUAAACACAUCAAUUAUAACUAAAGCCACAAAUUAAAAAAAAAAAAACAAAAAACAAAAA